CCUACAAUGCGAAGAGAUGGCGCUGCCUUGCAGCCUAAGGCUAGGAAAAUUUCGACGCGGCUAAGAGGGCCGUGGUAGCAUAAUGGUCAGUGCAUUCGCCCGGAUUGCGAAGGAUGCGGGUUCGAGUCCCGUCCGCUGCCUGGUCCGCGUGGAUUUUUUUUCUAGUAAACUUUUCUUUAGAUUUAAAUAUAUAAAUGAAUUUACUUAUUGACUUAUAAGUAUCAUUAUAUAUUUAUACAAGUUUUUGUAACUCAAAAUAUAAUGACGUAAAUAAUACAAAUAUCAAUACUUUGAAUUUUUUUUUCUCUUUCUGGAAAAAAAUAUGAGAAACAAAGUGGACAGCCGAAAAUUCAAAUCCAUGGAUAAAAAAAAAGAUAGACUAAAAAUCUUGUAUUACGUUUGAAAAUUUUAUUAAAAAACAGCAUAAAUACAAAAAUAAUAUCAAUAAAAAAUAAAUUAUAAUAAAUAUUUUCUAUUCUAUAUCUGAUUCAUCAGAAGUAUAAUUUUGAUUCUCGAAUUCAUCCGACUCAUUAUUAGUUUCUUCCUCAAUUUCUUCCAUUUCGACAAUGUCUUGGAUUUUCAAAGGAGUUUGAUCUCUGAUAAAACCAGUUGGUUUUAAAAAAUCAUCUAAAUGCCAACCGUAGCUUUCGGGGUUUAAUUUCGCACAUAUAAUUGUUAAAAUUAAAAUCUUCAAAAUUCGCAAACCCCUAUUAGGACCAAGUUUUUUGCAGACAACCCUGUAUCACCGUGUUCGCAAUAAAACAACGCUCAUAUUGAUAUAAAAAUUUUUCGAUUAUCUAAUCGAGUGAAGGUAACUGGCAUCGACAUACCUGUUUAUACCUGACAACCGAGUAGUUCGUCCAGGUAAAUAAUAGGCAACCCAACGGCUACACAUUCUAUACGUUUCAUACUUUAAGUCAGGGUAAAAAUUUUCUUAUUAUCUUGAUGUUGCAAAAAUAAAAAAUUAAUAAAAAAUAAUUAAAAAUUGUCUGUCCAGGAUUUUUUUAGGCAACCCAUUUUCAACAUAUUUUCUAACAUACUAAAUUUGUUAUAAAAUAUGAUUCAUUCUAUUAUCAGCUCGGUGAAGAUCGUUUUUAGUUCGGAUCUUAGACUAUAAACUUAAAACUAAAUUUAACAUCAGUCUCUCCUUUUCAUUCUGUAUAGAGAAUGACAAGGAUAUACUGCUGUCAAAUUUAAGUUCAGGUUUAGAGAAUCAUGCUAGAAUCGACACUACUGACUUUCUAUAAGUACUGUGGCAUGUUCCCGUUGUGCUUGGAAGAUGUACAGUCACACACAGCCUUACCAUGCUCACAUAUAUUCUAAAUAUUGGCCUUCGGUAGGAAAUUCCGGGUUGAAUGGUAGAUACAUGCAUUCAAAUAGAAUCACAGACUAAACUGCCAAUAUUAUGUUAUAAUUAAUGAUUUAUGUAUUUGGAUUUGCUGAAUAUAACUACUUACGAAAAUAAAUAUUAAUUCGGAACACCGUGAUCAACUGUAAUUAUUGAGAAUUGGAAAAUUAUUUUUUCUUCACGAUUAUCUGUGUGGGACCUCUUUUAAAUCACAUAAAAACAUUAAUGACAAUGUCUUUAUUAUUAAUGCAAUACACAACAAUCAUUACAAUAUAGUUUGUCAAAUGGUGCAUAUUUUAUGCAUCAUUUGAACCUCGGUUAGCAAAAAUGGAAAAUCUUUCAAGUAUAUUUGAUUAGUGACAACAAAAUCAAUAAUUGGAAAUUGCCAAAAACUAGGAAAUGGGAAAUGAUGGCGGGUACAAUUAAAUUAUUAAGAGGACGUGGUCUACCAACAGUAUUAUUUAUGUCAAAUAUUGCACGAGUCAGCUCAAUUAAUCUGAACUACUUGCUAUUUUCAAAUCCAUUACGAACAUCCUUUUCAAAUCAUUUACGAACUUCCUCCAUUCGUAUUUCCCCAUCAAUCAAACAUCUAUCCAAACCAACUCUGUUUCGACAUUUGAAUCCAGACAGAACAGAUGUGCCAAAGUUAUUACGACCCAAUUUAUGCAAUUUCGAUAUUAUUAAUGGUUUCCCAAAAUCAUUUUUCUUUAGACGUAAAGACAGAGAUCCUAAAAAGAGAAGAGUGCCUAAAUUGAUAUUAAUACAAAAUCCAUUUACAUGGCUGAUGAUUAAAAUUGAUUUUAGCGUAUUAAGAAAUGUUUGGGAUCCUUCGUUUGAAGAAAGUGAAUUUAAAUACGGAACUAAACAGGCAAUCUCCCGCGUAACUCAAGUAAUCAGUGAUGGCCAAUAUGCAGAAUUAAAUGGAUUAUUAACUAAGCCCGCCCGGAUUAGCUUAAUGCGAGAGCUUGAAAGAAAUUGGAGUGGGCGACAGCGCACGUUGCUCUCUUUAAAUCGAGACGACAUUCAAAUAACAUCACCUCGGAAAGUCUACUUUAUUAGAAUUGCUGAUAAGAAAUUUUGCGAUGUUGAUAUGGCGUUCUUAGCACUGAAGUGGGUGCCGAUAAACAGCAUAGAAGCUUUAAUUUUCACUGAAAUAUUUGCAAGAUUUCAUCGCGAGUACACGCCACAUUCGAUCCCAGAAUGGACCAUAGCCUUUUUUAAAGUAACCCGGUUUGAAAUUUUAAGAAGAUAACACUAAUAAGAAAAUGUCAAUGUAAACUUUUUUUAUUACCGUAAUCAAUACUCUACCAAAAUGUAACCAAUUUAAUAAUCAUGAACGUUCCUACAUAUGAAAUAAAAAGGCAGAAAUAAAUAAAAUAACUUUUUAUUUGAGUUCAAAUUUUGAUUUAAGUUAGAUCUGUCAAAGAUCUAGUAUAAGUGUGUAGGGAUUUUCUAGGUAUUUCUUGAGAGAAUUGGAGAAGCGGGCCAUUGUGACACCGUCGAUAACACGGUGGUCAGCUGACCAGCUUACUGCCAGAAUGUGAGCUUUCACUACAUUACCCGAUGAGUCAAAUCGUGGUAGUAUCUAAAAUUAGAACAAAGUCAAAUAUUAAUAUUACUCGUUUCAACAGGAAAAUGUACGUCUUCCGUUUCAAAAAUUAAAUGCUUUAUUAUGCUUUCUGAGUUUUUCUUGCUUCUCGUCGUAUCAUCUGCUCGUUAAGGAAACGCACAUUAUUAGAACUAAAGUAUCAAUCGUUAAAUAUUUCUUUAGGUUUUUUAAAUAAACGAAGUACGUAUACUUGCCUGAAUCUUCCCUAAAGCACCAAUUGCUACUUGUGGUGGUAAUAUUACAGGUUUUGUAUAGGUUUUCACAAGUGCUAUCCAAGCUGCUGUUAAGAAUCGGGAAGGCCGUGAGGCUGAGUGACGCUGCCUUGAUAAUGAUGGGCAUGUAGGUAAGUUUGACGCCGUGCUCCUCUGCUAUGGUUUUCAAAAUUUGCCGGCACUCUACUAGCUUCGUCACGUCGUACUCAUCGCUAAAACCGAACAUUGCUUCUGUCAUAGAUUUCACCAUAACUUUAGUAAAACCAGUGACUGGCACUGUUUUGUCGUCGAGUACCAUUUCAGUUUUCACGUGUGCAGAAGUGAGUGGGUAGGUGACGGCUUGGACUGAUGAGGAGGUCACAUCUGGAACCUCAUUCGACUUAUCCGCCGAUAUGUUGAGGUGCGAGAGCACAUCUUCUUUCAUAACCCUCCCAUUUUUUCCAGUGGCCCUUAUUGUACUUAGAUCUACCUUAAAAGUAAAGUUAUGGUUUGAUUAUUUUCCAAGAUUUCUAUUCUAUGAGAAGUAAAAUAAUAAAAUAGUGGAUUGUAAAUUGUGUAUUGCUGCUGCUAGAAUUGGAACCUUUCUACAUCGGUACACAGGGUAGAAGAUGAAGUCAGAAAUGACAGAGCGCAAGUAAUAUAGAUAUUUAGUAGUACUCGUGGUCUCCUGUUGACAGAAAUUCACUUUAGUGUCUCACAGACAGAGGCGGGCUGCGGUCGCGGCCAGCCCUCAUUAGUCGUUCGUGUUUAGAUCCUCGCUUACAUUGCAAGCGAAAAUAAAUGUUUGCCACCCUGGCCGCGGCCGCAGUUCAUAUCCUCCUUUGACACUAUAGAGUUACAAAGUCAACAAGCAAGCCUCAUAGUUACGCCAUGUCUAUCCGUCCGUUCGUCCAUGAUUUCACAGUUUAGCAAAGUGACUAGGUAUUGCAAAAAUCCUGGAUCAAGGAGUAAAGUGGACAUAAAAAUGCCAAAAUAUCUAUCCUGAAUCUUUGCAAUGGUUUUACGUGUAUUGAGGGAAUCACUGGAACGAUGUAAUUUGGCAUGAAUAAAUAUAAAAUAAAAUACAUACAUGAUACAUGCCGAGAAAGUGAUAAAUAAAAUCUAAUAAAAAAUAUGAUUUUAAGGUAAAUCUGUUACACGUAAUGUUAAUUGUUGUUAGUCUUUAUUUCGUCUACUCCAUGCUGACAUUGGUGACAUGUUGAUUAGAAAUGUAGCGGAUUUGUAAAAACCAUAUUUCGUUUAAUCGAUCCGCUUAUGAAGCUUGAGAGUGCAAAUAUUUGAGUUAUGAAAUUAAAAUAAAAUUUGAGUAGGUAGGAUCUACAAUGUAAUGAAUAAUUUGUACAAAUUCUAUUGAAAAUUCCUAUUAAACGUUGUGUAAUAUCUAAAGAUGCACUUAUUAUUUUAAAAUAAGUUCAUGAACCAUGUAAAAUAUAAUACCAUUAUAAAAUGCUGACUAAAUUUAUACUCAUGAAUAACGCAUUGAGCGGUUGUUUUCAGUAUGGGACAGAAGCUUUUUCACCUAAUGUUCUUACUUGAAAUUGUGACGCGAUUCUUCUAACUGCAGGUGUAGUUAAUACUUUAACUCUUUGUUUUGUUUCUGUCUUUGGAGGGUUGGAACUUGAUUCUUCUGAUUUUAUACUCUGUGCUGUAUCUGUAACGUAAAACAUUCAUACAUCUUAAGUCAUACAGGGUGAAAUUGAAUGUUUCAAUGAAACUUCGUGGGAUUAUUGGGUUACGUAUAUAGAGUAUCUCUGAUUUUUUUCGGAUUUUUUAAAAAUGAUUUAAAAUAAAAUUUCGUUUUUUUUUUGUUAUAUUUUAAUCUCCUUUUGGGUACUAAAUAAUUAUUCUUUUUAAACACUCAUACAGAGUAAGUAAAAAACAACUAAUUAGCACUACUAAAAAAACGUAAAAACAGAAGACGAGCGGUCGGGAGCAAUGACCGCUCCCGCCGUUGAAUCGGUUGAAUACCUACCUAUGCGCGGUGCAAAGCGCAGUGAGCGAGCGCAGUGUCAAGUUUAUCCACCGCGCUUGCGUAUCUUUUAAAUUUGGGACAAGAGAAGAUUUGCCUUGAAAUAAUGCCUUGAUUAGUUCUUGUUCUGUGGCCUCAAUAUAAGAAGUUGGAUAUGGUGUGUUGUUAUUGUAGUGUCACGGUAUACUCAGCAGAGCCACAAGGCUUUACGAAAGUAGGUUUGGUGAUUGAUUGUGUUUACAAAGUGUAUACGGGAAGUUUAUGUGAAAAAAAUGAAUAGGUACAUCGGUCUCGUAAGUACUUUUGAAUACCGGGUUAUAAAUUUCACCCAAGUAUUGAACUGCAAUAAGUAUUUCUUUUUGUUUAACAUUUGCCUAUUUCUAAUCGUGACAAAAUUAUUAUUAACUUUUAAAGUUUUUCUCCGCUUAAGAGAAGAUGACAUUUGUGCUUAUUAUUUCAACAAAGGCAUCUAAGACGACUUUAUUGUAUUGUGUGGAAUCAAAGGAGUCAACUGAACUCUGUGUAGAGGUACGUACUCACUCAACGGCUGGCGGGCGCGGUCGAUCGUUGACCCGCCGUGGAAUUUUAAUGUUUUUCCAUUUUUUGAAGUACUUAUUUAUUAGUUAUUUUUCACUGGAUAUGUAAGUUUGUUUGUUUAAAAUGAAUAACUACUCAAAAGGAGGAAAUGACAUAAAAAUACACAAAUUAUAAAUAAAAACAUGAAAAAAAAUACUUCAAAAAAAUCCGAAAAAAAUCAGGCAUACUCUUUUCACGUAACCCAACAAUCUCACGAAGUUUCAUUAAAACAUUCAAAUUCACCCUAUAUUUUAUUGUAAUUAGGUAAUAGUAGCAUAAUUAUUGCUUCAUGUUAGAUGUCACGAUUUGAAGUUUUUGAGCUUGAAAUACAUCCUUCUUAAAAGCUUUAAUUAUUUAAUGUUAUUUAUCCACAACCAAUUAAGAUAAAAUUUUGUAUACUCAAUUCAUUUUAUGUUAUUUAUGUAAAUAUUUCAUAUGAAUUUACAGCUUUGAUGACCGCAUUCAGAGACAUGACGUGAAGUAUUAUUCUAUUAGUCUCGAAAAAAGCAUCAACAUAGCUCAUAGCUUAAAUAAUUUGGUGUCUUUGAUUGUGCUCAUAAAAGUUUUAGGAUUGUGCAUGUCUUUCGAUCUUACUUAUUAUCAUAGAUAAAUGAUUGGUCUCGAGUGAAGCGAGUCCAAUCAUUCAUCUAUGCUUAUUAUAUUAUACUAUCGUGACGAUCGGUUGGUACAGGAGCCCUACUUUCUUCUUUUCUCCUUCUUUCUUUAAAGAUCCCAGGUUUAAAUCUAGUGGGACAUUUAUUUGUGUGAUGUGUACGAAUCACGUAGCUUCGUUUGGUCCCGUAUCAUGGUUGUUUAUACGUAUUACCUAUAUUAUUUUUUUAGUUGUCAUAUACUCAAUAAUUUCUGUAUGUUAAUAUUUAUCAGUAAACUAUCAAAAAAAAACUUAUUUCCAAGUGUAUAAAUUCCUAAAGAGUUACAUAUUAGUCAUAAAAGCUCACCUUCGUCGGCAGAGCCUUCAAUUUCAAUAUCUACUAGUGGUUUUCCAACAAGCGCGAUUUGGUCAACUUCGUGAUAAAGUUUGGUGAUGACCCCGUCAUAUCGACUGCUGAUGGUCACUGCAGCUUUAUCACUCUGCACUUCACAGAUAUUGUCAAACUGUUGCACUUUAUCACCUACUUUCACGAACCUGAAAAGGCA